GAGGGGUAAUAAUGAAUCAUGUGGCCGCUACAACUUGUCUAUUAAAAUGGGGUUGAAUCUUCAAACAUUCAUCCUAUUCCUACCUGUAAGAUAUUCUAUAUCUACAUAGCCCAGAUAGUGGGAAAAACAAACAAGAGAGGGUGAUGGGGUUUGGUGGUAUGUUUAAGAAGCUUACUGUGCUUGCAGUUAUGGUAACAAUUAUGGCAACUUCAGUAGCAGCUCAACCAAAACUUGGAUGCCAAAGCCACUGCGGAAACAUAGGCAUCCCAUACCCUUUUGGUACACGCAAUGGUUGCUACAUCAGCAGGGACUUCUUCAUUAAUUGUGACACCUCUUUUAACCCCCCAAAAGCAUUAAUCUUAAGCGACGGUGGUUUAGAAUUACAAGUUCUCAACAUCUCCCUGGAUGAUGGUUCUUUGCGCAUUCGAUAUGACAGCUCCAUAGGUUAUGACUGUUAUAAUUCAUCAGGGCCCACUUCACAAGACACGUCCGUGUUCGCUCAUAGAAAAUUCUCCAUAUCUUACUCCAGAAACAAGUUCACUGCCAUUGGUUGUGACACUAUCGCCUACAUCAAUGGUUUCUCCAGACCUGACUCUUCAAACAUAGUUUUUAAAGCAAAAAACUUUUCAACCGGAUGUUUAACAUUUUGUGGUGACGUCGGCGAUGUGUUAAAUAGGUCUUGCUCCGGCAUUGGCUGCUGCCAGACGGCUAUCCCUAGAGGAAUGCAGGCUUAUUUAUUCAAUUUUACUACUCUUCAGAGUCAUUCCACAGUGUUGAGGUUCAAUCCUUGCAGUUAUGGAUUUCUUGUGGAAGAUGGAGUCUACACCUUCUCUACAUCAGAUCUUUCCAACAUAGAUUUCAACAAAAGGAAAUACCCACUUAUUCUUGAUUGGACAAUCGGGAAUCAAACAUGUGAAGAAGCUAAAAAGGACCCAAAAAGUUAUGCUUGCAAGCAAAAUAGUGCUUGUAUAGAUCAUCCAGAAAGUGGCCCUGGAUAUUUGUGCAAGUGUAAUGAUGGGUUUCAGGGUAACCCUUAUCUCUCCAACGGCUGCCAAGAUAUUGAUGAAUGUGAGACACUGAAGCCGUGCAAUAAAUUUGGAACAUGUCAUAAUACACCUGGAAGCUACUAUUGUUCAUGCCCUCAUGAGUUCAAGGGUGAUGGCCGGAAAAAUGGAACAGGUUGCCAUCGUAUAUUCAAGCCGCAGAACAGUGAGAGGUUUCGCAUUCUUGCUGUUGCUCUAGGUUUAAGUAUAGGGCUCUUGUUUCUAAUUGCUGGGGUUUGGUGGUUUUGUAAGAUACUGCAGAAAAGAAAGUACAUAAAACUUAAACAAAAACUUUUUGAAAGAAAUGGUGGACUAUUGUUUCAGAAAAAGAUGUCUUCAAAUGAAGGUGGUCUGGAUAAAGCUAAACUCUUCUGUUCCAAAGAGUUGGAAAUAGCUACUGAUCAAUAUAAUGAGAACAGAAUAUUGGGUUGCGGUGGCCAAGGCGUGGUUUAUAAAGGAAUGUUGUCUGAUGGGAGAAUUGUUGCAGUAAAGAAGUCCAAGACUGUAAACGAAGGGUAUCUUGAACAAUUUAUCAAUGAGAUCUUUAUUCUUUCUCAAAUUGAUCACAGAAAUAUUGUCAAGCUAUUAGGCUGUUGCUUGGAGACCGAAGUGCCCCUCCUUGUUUAUGAGUUCAUCCCUAAUGGAACCCUUUCCCAUCUCAUUCAUGACCAAAAUGAAGAGUACCCGAGGUCGUGGGAUAUACGAUUACGCAUUGCAGCGGAAGUUGCAAGUGCAAUUUCUUACUUGCACUCAUCUGCAUCCAUCCCCAUUUAUCACCGAGAUAUCAAGUCUAGUAACAUACUACUAGAUGAAAAGUUCCGAGCAAAGGUAUCAGACUUCGGAACAUCUAGAUCAAUCAGCAUUGAUCAAACUCACUUGACGACUCAAGUGCUUGGGACUUUUGGGUACUUAGAUCCUGAAUAUUUCCAGUCAAGUCAAUUUACUGAAAAGAGUGAUGUUUAUAGUUUCGGGGUGGUUAUUGUUGAGCUCUUAACUGGUAAAAAGGCAGUCUCGACAUUUGGAUCGCAAGAAAAGAGAGGCUUAGUCUCGUAUUUUAUGUCGUCGAUGGAAGAAAACCAUCUCCUGGAUAUUGUUGAUGCUGAAAUUGGGAAGGACGAUCAAAAGGAUGAAGUACUAGCGGUUGCUGAAAUUGCGAAAAGAUGCUUGAAUUUAGAUGGGAGAUAUAGACCAACAAUGAAAGAAGUGGCCAUGGAACUCGAGAGACUUAGAUCCCGACAAGGUGACUGCAUCCCCAUUGAUCAGCUUAAACAAGCUGAGGUCGUUGUAAGAAAAUCGACUGAGAGUUGGGAUUUCACUUCAUUCUCAACGGAGCAUUAUCCAAAUUGCAGCAUAACAUCUACAUCGAAAUCCAACUCAUUACAAGAUCUCUAAGGCUCUACUCUGUUCGUUUCCUAGUGGUGACUUUGACUAUAAUUUCUCCAUGAAAUUGAAGGUUCAAGAAAAGCCACAGUCACCGUCAACUGCACUGUCUCCCACACCACCUCUGGUAAACAAUAAUUGUAGUACUUGAGAAUAGGUUCAGCUUUUUAAGAUUUAUGAAGAUUUUUUUUUUUCUACUUAAUAUGAUGAAUCUGUUUCCUGUUACGGGAAUAAACUUUGACAAAUGUUUGGUUCAGAUGAAAUGCUAUGUGAAUACCUUAUUGCACAAAGGGUUAAUCACUCGACGGUUUGAUAAUUAGCUGAACUCAUUCUCAUUUAGCUUUAUGAAGCCAUUUUGUGAUCCAUUUAUGACAGACUAAGUUUACUUAAUGAAUCUAGAACUUUCCCUA